CGGGCAGAGAAAAGAGCCUAUCAAAUGUAAAACGGAGCUGCUGCUGCUGCUGCUGCCGCCGCUUAAGAAUAUUGUCAAAGACUUGACAGGUCCUGAUUUGGGUUGGUCAUUAGCAGCCGGAACUUUGUUCACCACAAUUAAAUUAGGACAAUGAAAGAAACUCGAAUGCGUAAUUUGGACGCGUAAUUUCCAACCGCCCAAUCUCUUGGAUGCUUCCAAAUCCCAGCGCGAGGACCUGACCUGUCCUGUCCGUGCUCGCACUUCAACCAUGACAUUACGUUAUUCGUCUUUCUCCAUCACGGACAUCCUCACCGGAUGUGACUCCCGGGGGAAGAAGAAGAAGCCAGGCACGAAGAGCGCAGCGGCGGAGCCGUGCGCAGCAGAGCGUAACGAAUGCGCCGAGCAAAAUGGCACCUGCAGAGCCUCUGAUGUGUGCCACCAAGGCGCGGAGGAGAGCCGCGUCUACCCGCAAAGACUUCCUCCCGAUCUAAGACUGUCUUUUGUAAACCUCAGAUCUAAUACAUGCAGUGAGGAGACCACAGGAGAGGAACCCGACCAUAGAGAAGGCGCCGCAAAGCAGAAACAUCACUGUGCUCUAUUGGACAAUGGACAGAAAAAGGAGUUGGAUUCGGAAGAAGAUGGAUGUACUCACUGCGGGGACACGGUCAGGUUUUCUCCUGACCAACAACAGCCAAGGCCCGGUGCGAAGAAGCGCACCAGAGCGGCCUUCUCUCACGCACAGGUCUACGAGCUGGAGCGCCGCUUCAGCACGCAGCGGUACCUCUCAGGUCCUGAGCGGACAGAUCUGGCGCUCGCCCUGGGUCUGACUGAGACUCAGGUUAAAAUCUGGUUCCAGAACCGCAGGUAUAAGACCAAACGGCGGCACGUGGCCGAGCUGAUGGAGUGCAGCUCACCAAAGAAAGUGGCAGUCGAAGUUCUAGUGAGGGACAAUUACCAGCAUCAGUAUCACCAUGCGAAUGAAGUACACGUCCCAAUGACUGUGCCAGUGUACCAGGCGCCUCAGCUCCAUCCCUACUAUCUGCAUUACUGCUGUCAGCCAUGGAGCAUGAACAGUAUGGUGUCUGGAUGGAGAUGAUCCAGAUGUGAAGGCUGGUUCUGGUGUUAGUUAGUGGACACUUUUCUGUAGCUUUCAAACUCAAUGAAUUUUUUUUUCCUUUUUUUUUUAAAUAAAUAAAUAAAAUCAGAAAAUAUAACCCUAUAAUUUGAUGUCACUCAUUAAAUUCUUGUUUAAUUCUAAAUCAAGACAGUUUGAGAACAUGGUCUGCAAUUUGGGGUUAUGACAUUAAAUUUGGAGAGGAAACCUGUGCUUUAGAUUUGUCAGUGAAGUUAACUUCUUUUAAAUCUUAACAAUAGAUUUCUAAGUGAUGUUAUCUCCCACAAGUUUUGAGUAAGGUAUUUAGUUAAAGUGAUUCUAAGUUACUUAAAAAAAAAAAAAACCUGUUUUGAUGUAGACAACAAAACUUCAAGUUAAAGUCAAAUGCUAUGUAAUUUAAAUGAUGUCCUUCACUUGCAUGUAAAUGAACUGCAUUUCAUAUUCUUUAUUAAAACUGAAACAAAAUUGGUCAUGUUUAUACAAAGACAUGUGUGAGGACUAAGGAAGGAAAGAAGAAGAAACAUAAGUUUUAAUGUUACGAUUAGUCCCAGUAGUAAUGCAACAUUAUUGCUGCCAAAGAAAAAGUGCCAAUAAAAUGUGGUUGAAAAGAAUCUACAGGUUAUUAUUUACAAGAUAAAUCAGUAAAUAAAUACUAAGUAAAUACAAAUGUGUUUGCUUAAAUAAAAGUCCAUUUUGUGGCAAAAAAUUGGGAGAAAAAUGUGAGAAAAAAUUAUAACGAGGUUUCUUUUAUUGUGUGUGACUAAGACUGUGACUUUUUUAUUGGUUAUUUAUUUUAUUGAUCACGUAACUCAACAUAACACCUGCAGGCACGUCCUAACUGUUCACAGAGUUUCUUGGUGUGUACUUGGGGUCGUUUUCUUUGACUGACAACACUGAAGAAAAAUGUUAUGAAUCAGUCAGUGUGCAGGAGACAGCAUGCAAAUAAUAUCACUUAUUUAAAAACUGAAGGGACACGUGAUAUCCACCAAGAAAUGCAGAUUGAUUUCAUG